AUGAAUGCCAAAGUGUUCGAGAGGACCCUACCAGACGACCCAAGAGAGGAAGAUUAUAUUUACUGGAAACGGAUGCUACACAUCUACAUAGCAAAAGCAAACGUUCCAGGUGGAUCUAAACUGAAGGUACUCUUAGUCCUCUGCAGAGCCAGGACCUACCCUAUCGUCGAAGAAUCCGAAACCUUUGAGGUAGCAAUAGAACACCUGGAGUCAAAGUUCAUAAAGAAAGGUUCAAACAUAAUGAUGCGCCAUAAGCUACGAACUCGAAAACAAAAGGAAAACGAAUCUAUAAGAGAAUUUAUGUCAAGCCUUCAGGUGCAGGCCAAGAAGUGUGAAAUCCAAACGCUAACGGCAGACCGUUACCAAGAAAUUCUAAUUGAGGAUGCCUUUGUGGCUGGGCUUCAAUCACCAUCAAUCAAACAAAGACUUCUCAAGUCAUCAGACAACAGCUUAGAAACACUCUAUAAGCUUGCUCAAACCAUGGAGGUGGCCAUUGAAGACACUUGCAACCUAUCGCAAGGCUCAGCUGGUAUCGAUCAACCACCCCAUCUUGCAGCCGCUAAAUCAGCAUGUUUUUGGUGCGGUGGAGACAUCCAUUAA